UUUAAAGGGUUUUUACUAGAUAUUUCUUAAGAUUUAAUAUUUUUCUAUGGAUAUUUCAGAUACUGAUAUAAUUCCUCAGAUUAUUCAGAUCUUAAAGACAGCAAAAAAGGAUGAUUUAAAGGAAUUGAAUAAGGAAGUUUCAAAGCUUUAUCAGCAGGUUUCUAAUAUACGAAAAAUGAUUGAAUCGCUUCCAGGCAAAGAUAUGAGUAUUUUAGAGCAAGGAGGGGUUAUUAAACGUCUAGAAAGACAUAUUUCUAUGCAAAAGAGGUUAUUGUCAGAAAUAAAGAUGAAAGAAUAAUGUUAUUUAAA